CCACUUCCCGCAAGAAAGAUGGCGGCCGUCUGAAGCCAGGGUCGCUGGCGGCGUCUCGGACGCUCCGGGCCGCUCUCCUCCCCCCACCGCCGCGCGGCCGGAGGCCGGCUAUUAGCUGCUCACUGGGGUCUGAAGCCCGCAGUUUGCCUUCGGCCUUCAGUCUUCUCUGUGGUAGCUGGGGCUCUUACGUUGAGCUGGGAGCUCCCAUCCUUCCCUGCCACUUGCCUGUCUUCAGCUUUUGGCUCACACCUUGCAGGCACCCACUGUGGUCUAGCUGGCAGCAAUGACAUCCAGGCAGGGUCACCUCUGUGGUCUAGCUGCCCAGUGCCUUUGGCUCCUGGGCUUCAUCCUUCUGAUGGAUGUGUCUGCCCGACCUGCCAAUCACUCAUCCACUCGGGAGAGAGUAGCCAACAAAGAAGAGAAUGAAAUCCUGCCUCCGGACCACCUGAAUGGGGUGAAGCUAGAGAUGGAUGGACAUCUCAACAAAGACUUCCACCAGGAGGUCUUCUUGGGGAAAGACAUGGAUGGGUUUGAUGAAGAUGCAGAGCCACGCAGGAGCCGGAGGAAGCUGAUGGUCAUCUUCUCCAAAGUAGAUGUGAACACUGACCGGCGGAUCAGUGCUGAGGAGAUGCAGCGCUGGAUCAUGGAGAAGACGGCAGAGCACUUCCAGGAGGCUGUCAGGGAAAACAAGCUGCACUUCCGAGCUGUCGACCCGGAUGGUGAUGGCCGUGUGUCCUGGGAUGAAUACAAAGUGAAGUUUUUGGCAAGCAAAGGCCACAAUGAGAAGGAAGUUGCUGAUGCCAUCAAGAAUCACGAGGAGCUUAAAGUGGACGAGGAGACACAGGAAGUCCUGGAGAACCUCAAAGACCGCUGGUAUCAGGCAGACAAUCCUCCUGCUGACCUGCUGCUGACCGAGGAGGAGUUCCUGUCAUUCCUGCACCCUGAGCACAGCCGGGGCAUGCUCAAGUUCAUGGUCAAGGAGAUCGUCCGGGACUUGGACCAGGAUGGAGAUAAGCAACUCUCCCUGCCCGAGUUCAUCUCCUUGCCUGUGGGCACCGUUGAGAACCAACAGGGCCAGGACAUCGACGACAACUGGGUGAAAGACAGGAAAAAAGAAUUUGAAGAACUGAUUGAUUCCAACCACGAUAGUAUUGUGACCAUGGAGGAGCUGGAGAGCUACAUGGACCCCCUGAAUGAGCACAACGCUCUCAAUGAGGCAAAGCAGAUGAUUGCCAUUGCCGACGAGAACCAGAACCACCACCUGGAGCCCGAGGAGAUCCUCAAGUACAGCGAGUUCUUCACAGGCAGCAAGCUGAUGGACUAUGCCCGCAACGUGCACGAGGAAUUCUGAGUGCCGCGGGCCGAGCCCCGCUCCUCCCCGACCUCCGCGCAUUCUGAGUGGCUGUGGCCCGUGAGGCCUGGCAGUUAGCCAGGGCCCCAGGGGGCUCUGGAGCAGCUACCUGUGCUGCAUGGGGUGCGGUGUUCCCCACCCUGAGGCCCCGGAACCCCCUUCUUCCUGCUUCCUGAGGACACGUGCUCUGUGUCAUCUUGGGGCCACGCCGUGCCCAGGGUUAUUAAAGAUGUGCUUAGCAGGUCGGGUGUCUCCUCUGCAGCGUCGGAAGGCCGGCAGCCCUUGACCCCCGCCUCUGGACUGUCAGAACUGCCGAGCCCUUGGCCGCCGAGGGCCUGGGUCACGACAGGGCCCGACCCCGGGCUUGUAGAAAAUAGCACACCCUCUUGCCAUUUCCUUGAAAACAGGUUCAGACAGAAUUAGAACCUGCUUUGCUAGAAGUAAGCUAUCUCCUUCCUGUUGAGGACCCGGGGGCCACGGAGUGGGUCCUCCCCCAGCCCAUAGAACCGCAGGAUCUCAGGCCGCAGUCUGAGAAAACAGAUUUGUUGGCACAAGAGUGAUUAAACAGGAGUUGCUGUA